AAUUUUAAAAUGUAAUUAGCUUCAAAUUCAUUAAAAUGGGUGAUUCAGAACAUAACACAGGACAAGCAAUGUCGGGUACCGAAGGCGGAGAGGUCGAGGAGGCACCCGAUGACUGUAUUAGUGUAUCUCCGUCCGAAACUAUGACCUGUGAUAUUAUGCCAACCAUAUGCGAAGAUCCAAUGGCUAUUGCAGGCGAUAAAGCCAGCCUGGAAGACAUGAUGAUGACAAUGCUCGAUGAAAGAGACAAACUAGUUGAACACCUAAAAGCAACUCAAGACCAAUGUGAAAUGUAUAAAGUUCACUGGGAGGAUGCAAUGAAAGAUAACGAUAAUUUGAAAAAUCAAAUGGAACUAACGCAGAAUCCCGAUGUCUCUAUUCUAUCUAAGAACCUCAAUGACAUGCAAAAGAAAGUGAUUGAACAGGAAGAAGAGAUCGCAGAGCUAAAGGCUGAACGAAAUAAUACUCGACUUUUACUAGAACACCUGGAGUGUCUUGUUUCACGUCAUGAACGAUCUUUACGCAUGACUGUUGUGAAGCGACAGACAAUGAACUCGGGAGGAGUUUCCAGUGAAGUUGAGGUUCUCAAAGCUCUCAAAAGUUUAUUUGAGCAUCACAAAGCACUUGAUGAAAAAAUGCGCGAAAAACUUAAAAGUUCAUUUGAAAAAUGUCAACAACUUGACGAUGAAUGCGCGAAAUUGCGUCGUGAAAAAGAAGAGCUCAGAAUAGCUCUCGAACAAACCAAAAUAACCCCAAUUAUAAACGGCCCAGUUGAUCCAAAAGACCAAGACAUGGUAAAGAAAUUGCAAAGUGCAUUAGAAAGUCAAGACAAUGAACUUGUCGAAACCAAAGAGAAACUGGCCGAGUCGUCUGGAAUGUUGGCUCAAAUAACUGAACAGUUGAACAACAGUCAACGAGAACAAAAACAAGCGAUGGAAGAAAAAACGAAGUACUAUCGAGACUACCAUGAGUCAAUUGCUCAGAAGGAAGAUAUGGAAAAAAGAAUCGAUACUCUGGAAAAGAGAUAUUUGAACGCUCAGAGAGAAAACACUCAGAUUCACGACCAGGUUGACAAAUUAACAGAAGAACUACAAAACAGAAAUGACACCAUUCAUUUGCUAGAAGAGAAGGUAGAAAAAUUACAAGAAGAUUUGAAACAAAGUGAAGCGAGCAUGUCACAAAUGUACGAAAGAGUUGAAACCUUGCCUGAAGUGCAAGCUGAAUUGGUUCAGAAGACUCAAGCGUUGAAUCAAAUUCAACUGAAGAAAGGAACCAUUGAAGAGCAGCUUCAGCAAAUGACAGAUCAGAUGGAAGAAAGCAAACGGGAGUUGGAACGAGCGAGGCAGCGUGAGAAGAUGAACGAAGAACAUAACCAACGGUUAACGUCAACUGUGGAUAAGUUAUUGGCAGAGUCAAACGAAAGGUUGCAGUUACACUUAAAGGAGAGAAUGGUAGUUUUACACGAACGAAAUGUAUUGCAAACAGAAUUGGAAAAUAUGAAAAAGAUCCUGGACGAACAGUACGACGAAAAGUCCAAGCAAAUGGAAACUAUUCGAAUACUUCGUCAAGAACUAGAGAGUUCUAAAAUUGAAAGUAAAAGUCUUGAGAACAAACUGCGCUACAGUUUGGACGUCAGUGGUCUCCAAAAUUUCAAAGAAACUGAAAAUGAGCAUGAAAAUAUGGGAGACAAUUCUGCACCUCUCUUGCGGACUAAUAAGGGGCGAAUGACAAUUAAAGAGAGUCCAGACCGUGUGCUGACUCUAAACGAGCAAGAGUGGGACAAGUUACAGCAAGCGCAAAUACUGGCAGAUGUCAAACAAGCGUUCACCCAGGGGAGUAUGAUGCCGCAAAUCAGUGACUGUGACCCUAGUAUGUUUAUGCCCCAAGAUAAAAUCGUUACUUCAGAAGCUUUUUAUUCGCCUCCAGGAAGUCUGCCGCCUGCGAAUGCAAACGACAUGAUGUUUGCUACGUCAUCAGCUAAUCAAGCAGUGGUUACCGAUGAAGAAACAUUGAGUCUUUGCCGUGUGUUGCAAGACCAACUGGAUGCUAUCGACAAGGAAAUGAAAUUAAUCGAAGAGGAAAAACAGAACACUGAAAUGAGAACAGAAGAACUGGUGAGUAAGAUGGAUUGCGGAAGUCUAGAUGACUUGGAUAAUAUCAGUCCGGCAAACACAACUGAUAUAUCGCCUGUUUGGGGUUUUAAUCAUAACAACCCAAGUCGGCCGAACCACAUGACGCUGCCUUCUAGGUUCAGAAAUCAUCAGUACAACGAGAGGCGAUCGGAUUGGACAAUGAAAGGUGUAGAAAAGCCACCUGAUAGUCCGCAUGGCAGUCAGCAUGUUUUGUAUAAUGGACAGAACGGACCAAUCUCCGAUAUGUACCCACAAGAAUUCCAGCACCACCAUCAACACGGAGAUGGAAUGUACACGCUACCUCACCGUUCAGGAAAUCCUGCAAUGAACAAGUAUAACACUAUGUCAGGCAUGGGAACGAACCCGGGUCUGAAGAAAAAGCAAGGAAGCUUUAAAGGAUCCCUCGGCAAGUUCUUCGGCAGGAAGGAGAAAUACAGAAAAGAUGGACUGGGGGAUUACUUCAGCGACGGGGGAGGAAGUGAAAGUGAGAUCGGUUCACAAGAGUCUCUCUCAGGACACCCAUACAACAGUAAAAACUCGAAUGGAAUGAAUGGCGGCCAGGAUUUUGACAGGAGUCGACACAAAAAACUGGACUUACUACAUGGUGCAAUAGAUGAUCAGAUUCCGUUUGCGCAAUGGACGGGACCCGUGGUCGUUGCAUGGUUAGAAUUGUGGGUCGGAAUGCCUGCAUGGUACGUUGCUGCGUGUAGAGCCAAUGUUAAAAGUGGUGCAAUCAUGUCAGCUUUAUCCGACACCGAGAUUCAACGGGAAAUUGGAAUCUCCAACUACCUACACCGAUUGAAAUUGAGACUGGCUAUUCAAGAGAUAGUGGAAUAUACCUCCAGUUCAUCUGACCGAAAGGCAAGAAUAGCGAAUCCGUUGAUUUUUGGCGACAUGAACCACGAGUGGAUUGUGAACGAAUGGCUGCCCUUGAUAGGGCUUCCACAGUACAGAACUGCAUUUAUGGAGUGUCUUGUUGACGCGAGGAUGUUGUCUCAUUUGACCAAAAAAGAUUUCCAGCGCCAACUUAAAGUCGUGGAAAGUUUCCACCGAAAUUCUAUAGCGUUCGGCAUCCAAGUUCUGAAUAAGUUAAACUAUGACAGAAAAGAACUAGAAAGACUCCAGAAAGAUGCUAUCAAUUCCAAUUACGAAAUCAAUUUACUGGUCUGGUCAAACAGAAUGAUCGCGCAGUGGCUUUGUCGCGUAGGGUUAGAAGAUUUUGUGCCGAAUUUAUCAGAAUCAGGUUUGCACGGUGGUGUGUUGAUGUUAGAUCCCGAGUUCCAAAGGUCGAUCCAGCCUCUGGUCAAUGUCUUAAAAGUGCCCUCAAAUCCAAGCCGCUUCAGAAGUGUUCUCGAAAGGGAGUUUUCAUUGCUGUUAAGAUGUGCGGAGCAAGGAAUUCAUCACUUCAACCACCCGGAUAGCCAACGGGAAAACCAGCAGUUGUCAAUAAACACUUCUAUGCACGAGAAUUAAACUUUAAUUUUUUUGGUCAAUGCUUCAUGUGACCUGACCUCCAGAUCAAAACUGUUGUGGAAAAUCUUUUUCCUUCGGAAACCAUUGUGCUAAAUUUUCGUCCAACUUUAAGCUGUUAAAAAAAUUGAGGUUUUGCUUAGUUUUUUAUCAGAUGCUGCAAAAAUAGCCAAGUUAAUUAUUUUGAAAGUAGUUGUUUAUUUAGCAGAUAAAUGAACGUGAUUUGCAUUGUUUUGAAAUAUGUGGAGCUAAAUUGUUUCCGUCUGUGAUUCGAUUUUUCUUUUUAAAGAUAAAAUGAGACAAUGAUUAUAAGCAGUUUUUAAAAAUGCAUGACAGUUGGAAACGCUUUACUUGAAUGGUAUUCUAUUUCAGUUUCUAAGUUUUGGCUUUACAUUCCAUUUUUGUUUUCUUGAUGGUCGAUUUCGAAAUUUUAAAAAUCACAGCUCUGCGACAGAUGCAUGAAUCACACUGCGUAUAUUAUCAAAUUUUCACUGACUGAAGAAAAGCACCAGGAAAUAUUAUGAAGACCCUUAAGUUCUUUUGUUUUCAGAUCAGAGUUAAUAUUUUUCACUGACCUCGUACUAUUACGGCUGCAAACUACGUCCUUAAACUGUUUUCCUAUUUAAUUUUAGGUUACCGUGCGUUCAUCCAAUGUGCUGCGGAAUAUGCUCUUCGCUAUAGAUAUUCGUAAUAUUUUAAUUGAUUUACCCAAAUUUAUUGCAAUGACUUUUUCAGGUCUUUCUAUUGUCUAUAUCUGCAGUUUUGAUAGUUUAGUUUCAUGUUUUGACGGCGUAUAUUUACUUUUUGAGUACACUUACAAUUGCAAUCUUCAAUUAAAAUUCGCUGCAUAUUUGACAGAUUUUGUAGAUUUAAUUUAGAACUAUCUCUCAGAAUCAAAUCACAUCAAGUCUCCUCUUGUAAAAUAAAACUCAACUGGACGAAAAAUUAGAGGAGCAAUCAUCUAUUUUAUCUGUAAUUUGUAGGAGAUUCAAAUAUUAGAAAUGAAGUGUUUAUGUAAUCUAUAAAAAGUUUUGUACAAAUUUAUAUAAUAAUUUAACAAUCCAAGCCAUGAAUGUGCGAAACAAGAUGUCUUUUGACCAUGU